AUGUGGGACAAGAGUGUGGUGUAUCAUCAAGCCGUUCCAUGGGUGGCACACGAGGCAAGCACAAACAAGCAGCAAUCUUCUAACCAAGGUUUCCAGUUUGUACAACUUGUUUUCAAAGCCAACCAAGAGUUGCGUUUGACAGUUGUAUACUACCAUCCUGCUCUAGGAAACAAGCGGGCAUGCAUGCACCCAUCUCAAGAUUCUGGCAUUCUUUUUUGUUCUGUUCUCAAAAGCCCUGGCAACCUGGUCACUCGGGAGUUUUUUUCCCCUACCACACCCACACGGCCCGGAGUGGGCCACGGAGGUUUGACUUUCGCUUCUGUUAACGUCCAGGACAACUUGUAG